AUGAUCGCAGAUCAAGCCAACGAAACCGUCAUCGAUUGCGACGUCAAAGAGCUUUACUACGGCAAUUUCAAAGCCGUACGUGAUACUCGUAUCCCCAUCAAACAUGGUCAGAUUACUGCGUUCAUUGGCCCAUCCGGGUGCGGCAAAAGCACCGUGCUGCGAUGCCUGAACCGCAUGAACGACCUGAUCCGUGGCUUCCGCUUCGAGGGUCACGUUCACUUUCGCGGCCAAGACAUUUACAGCCCGACGAUCGAUCCUGUCGCCGUUCGCCGCCACAUCGGAAUGGUUUUCCAGCAGCCGAACCCGUUCGCGAUGAGCAUCUAUAAGAACAUUACCUACGGGCUGCGAAUCAAUGGCUAUCGCGGCAAUUACGACGAAGUGGUCGAACGGGCCCUUCGUGGUGCGGCGUUGUGGGACGAAGUGAAGGACAAGCUCAAGCAAAGCGGUCUUUCGCUUUCCGGCGGCCAGCAGCAGCGGCUUUGUAUCGCUCGUGCGAUCGCCGUCGAGCCUGAAGUGCUGUUGAUGGACGAGCCAUGCUCGGCCCUUGAUCCGAUCGCAACGCGUAAGAUCGAAGAGCUGAUGAAAGAGCUCAAGAAGAAGUACACGAUCGCCAUCGUUACGCACAAUAUGCAGCAAGCCCAACGCGUGGCGGAUCAAACGGCAUUUCUGUACGUCGACACCACCCAAGGCGGCCGCACCGGCUAUCUUGUCGAGCACGAAGAAACGAAGCGUCUCUUUGAAGACCCUCAGCAGGAAUACACGCGGCAGUACAUCCGCGGUGAAUUCAGCUAA